AAAAAAAAUAGAUUACAUUAAAAAGUCAUUAAAAAACAAUAGGCACAUAAAACACUUAAGACCUACACUAAUUAAACAAAAAUAAACGCAAUAAUUAGACAUUGCCAAAAAGUGUUAUAUUCACAAUGCGAGGAAGAAAAAGGUCUUUGAUGAGGGAAAAUAUAAUGAGGUUUCUUUUGGAGGAGAGAUCGCUUGCACCUGAAAAGCCACCAACACCCAUAUCUUCCCCAAAAAAAGAAAAGGAGAAACCUAAACCAAAGCCAAAGCCAACCAACUCUAGGCAACAUCAUAAGGUAGACUUGAUCCUUUCCAGGAAAACCGGGAAGCCGACUCCCCAAAGCCUGUCGUCAUGCCUGAUCACUACUUCGCCUAUCAUAAGAAUGGCCGGAGGGGCCAACAAUCCGGCAGAACGAAGUACCGGAAAGCUGCCGACAACCGACAGCCAAUGUCCACUGAAAGCACCAGGAAUCCAAUUCCUGAUGCACAGAGAAACAAAUGUGUCCACGCAUGAGGUAAAGAUGUCUCCAUCAGUAACUCCGUUUAUAAAGCCAUCACCACAAUGCACUAAAUCAAAAAUACCGGAUGACCGUCCGUUUAAGGAUCAAAGGACCCAGACACUCUAUAGAGAAUCCUCGGCACAAACCUUGGCGUACCUGCCAAAUGUUCUAGAUAAAAAGCAAACCCUUGAACUAUUUUCUUUGCCAUCAGUGCUGCCUGGAGAAGGACCCCCGGGCCUAAAUGAGGUCGAGAUCCUGGAUCGCGCCAGGAAGCGAUGGGAGUUCAAGGAAGUCCUCAAAACAAAUUUGAAUAUUCUUAGCAAAGAUGCCAAGAAAAAAGCCAUAAAGAUCCAAUACAAGUCCAUAUUAGAAGCCUUCGAGUGGGAGCAAUGGAUCCAGCGUGAGGAGUACAUACAGGAGUGCCAGAUGAUGCGCCUGGAGAUUGUGAUCAAGAUGUUCGACAAGCGGGAGAAGCAGAUGCACACCGCCUCCAAGUCGCGGAUUGAGAAAGCCUGCGAGGAAAUCGAGAAGCGACGUCUGGCCGAUUUGCAGAAAAACGAAAUUCAGUACAAUAGAGGAAUGCGCCGCUUGGAGAUGACCCUUUCCAAAAUCCCCCGAAAGUGGGAGAAGCAAAGCCCAUUGGAGGCACUUGGAUCCAUGUGCUCUGAGUUCUAUGCGCCGCUCUUGCGACACGGAGUCGAUCCAGCCCGUCGAAGCUUCGUGUCGAAAACUAAACGCAAGGCUUUCGACAUGAGAAUCGACGAUCUGGAAAAGCAGGUCAACAUGAGCAAUCUAAUAUGUCCGUUCAGAAAACUGAAGGACUGGUCCAAGCCGAAGGAACCUAUCAGGGAGUACGAGCAAAACUUCUGCAAUGAGGAGCAUUUGCAGACUCUCUUUGAGGACCUAAAGAUUCUUAGAACACAAAAAAAAGAAUAUAAGGAAGAACCGAAGUGUCUCUUUAAGCGCCCGAAACCAGUAAUACAACGGGAAGCCUCCGUCUUUAAUCUUACCCACUUUGGCGGGCUCUACGACAGGCACGGAUACGAUGUGUUGAGGUCGGACCGCAAAAAGUCCGCAAUGGAGUGGGAUCCAAAAGGAUACUUUUUGCCGCCUCAGGCCAAAACUGACUUAAUGAAAAAGGAGAGAUACAAACAAGAUUUGGAGAACAUACUGAACUCAUACGAGGGCACUUAUAUUGGCUGGGUGAUGCAGUUCCUGUCGGACGAAAUGUCCCGCCUCCAAGAACAGAGGAAGCUCCACUUCUUCUGUAUGAUGGCGCAGAAAGAGCGCUGGCGGCGCGAGGCGGAGGAAGGUGGGCUGAGGCAGAAGGAGAAUGAGCUGAGAUUCCUGUACGAAGAACUGUUCCAGGAGAUUAACUCGGCCAACAACGAAGUCGCUACAAAGUACAUCAAUAACAUCCUAGACACAGACGCCGUCUACGAGACCCAAAACCAAGCUAUCAUUUCGGUGACUCAUCUGGCGAAACAAAUCGACGCCGACCUCGAACGAUGGCUCGAGAGUUUCAAGUUAAUUCAGAACCCCCUUACUUUCAUUCCGCUGCGAAUGAUGCUUAAGGACAUGUUAGUCCCCGAUUUGGAUGCAGCACAACGCCGCCACGAAAGCUCCCUAAUCGUGCAGCACGUAUUGGAGGAUGUGCUCUUUCCGGGAAUUUGGGAGGAACUCGAUCCUUUCGAUAUUGGCACCACGCUGACGAGCGACUUGAUUGACCGCCUGAUCGACAACGAUCUGUACCUGUUCUCCACGGACAGCGAGGACGAUGUUCCCCGCAAGCUCUCCUGGUACGAGGCCAGGGCAAUAAUCAGAAAGCUUAUCCGGCAGGCCGUUCCGGGAAAGCGCUGGAUGGAGGAGAAUGAAAGGAUUGCCUGCACAAUAUACACGAGUUUCCUCGACGAGUUGUUUGCAGAAAUAGAAUACAGGAUGGAGAACCCGCCGCCAGUAAAUCCAAAUGACAUUGCCCACCUGCACGCAACUAUGUCUCAUAAUAGGAUUGCACUGACGGAUGACAUUCGACAGAAUGAGGCUAUUGAUCUAACGACAUUAAUGAAUUUGCCUUCCUUCUCGGAUACAGAGGUGAAGAAAGUUCAGCUCCUGGCACUGAUCAAGAAAAUAAAAUGGGAUCAAAUUACCAAGGAUUUAAAAAACUUGGACGUUUACCAGGGUUCCGACCCAGAUGAAUUUGACAUUUAUAUUAAAACAGAAAAUAUUAAUCCCAUGCAUGAUUUGAAACCAUGUUUGAGCGAAGUUUUUAGCAUAACAAGCACUUUGGAUGUUGCCGAAGAAGAGGACUUGCAACCUUUCAGAGGCCGUAGAAAGACCAACGAAGUGGAUUUAGAUUCAACCCUUUACGAAUUUGAUGCCGUCAUUUCUUCAAUAGAACUUAAGGACACUGUAGAGGAGAAAAACAUCGAAUCGUCGGAAUCACCGCCUAAAAUGGAUGAGAAGACAUCUAUAUUUGUUGGAAGUACGAUUGUACAACCAUUUGUUAACCGCGACACCCAGGCAUCGAUAGAAAGGCGCCUAAUCAGAAAUAGGCCAAAAACAAUAAUCCCAUCUGCCACAAACUCAUCUGAAAAUCUAGCAAAAACUGAUACAAGCGGAUACUCGAAUUUUUCGGAGGUAGCUAAAAAAAAAUUCUCUGUGAUAGCUCCCGUUGGCAUCGACGACCGCCAUUCUGUAAUAUCGUUCUCGCCCGAGAAAAAGAGUCAAAAGAGCGAUCAUCAACUGUCUUUUAUAGAUCUAGACAACACUCAGUCGGGCCAAGUGGUAUCUAUAUUCCAAAGCCUGAAAUCGAUUAUACCCGAGCAGCACAGUGACGACGACCUACUCAUCCGAAAUCACGAAAGAAGGACAAUUAACUCUAAGAGUACCCCAAAUAUAAACACGAAUACAAAUUUAAGCGAAUAGACGCGCCCAGAAUUCGGUUAUUCAUUCGAUUUUUGACAAUUCCCUUAGCCGAUCAUUGUCUGAAUUCGACCAACAUACAUACUGUGAAUGUGAUAUAUUAAAUACAUUAGCAUAAAAAUA